AUGGCCAAAUCCAGCAGCAAGACCGAUGCGGCAAGCAGCAAGAAGAAGUCCUCCAAGUCGCAGAAAUCACCACCUUCCUCACCCUUCCACACGCUCACAACCUCACUCUACGUCUCCCUCUCGCCGUGUAGCAACAACUUCCCGAUCGAAGGACUCUGUGCCGAACACAUUUCACCUCAUCUUCUCACCUACUAUGCGCCAUUCAACGGUGUUCUCUUAGCCUUCUCGAACCCACGAAUCUCCGAAACCCCGGACGAAGCGCCCUCUUCCGACACUGUCCUCGCAAAAAGCAUCAACGAAUAUGCUGUCACAUAUGUCUGGCUAACAGCAGACUUCUUGGUCUUCCGCCCGGAAAAGGGGACGGUAUUGGAGGGUGCUGUCAAUGUGGUCAAUGAGGGAAUGGUGGGCUUGAUCUGUUACAACUACUUCAACGUGGCCGUGCCGAGGGAGCAGCUACCAAAGGGAUUGAUGUGGGACGGAGAGGGGUGGUUGGCGGGAGAAGAAAGAGUAGAGGUCGGAAGGAAGGUCAAGGCGAAGGUACUGGACUUCGAAGCGAGCGGGACGGAGGGACUGAGCAUCAGCGCUACGUUGGCUGAGCCAUGGUGA